AAAAAUAAAUAGAUGAAAUUGAAGCUAACAACUCUCCAACUCCAAAGUUUGGCUUUGGAAUAAGAUUUAAACUCACUUCUCACUUGUUCAUCUCUUGAUUUCUAAUGAGAACUCCUCCACUUUCCAGCUUUUGUUUCUGUCCAGUAUCUGAAAGCAAAUUAAAGAAGAAGCCGAGCAAGGGAAAAGCUAAAUCAUCACUUCCCCAACAUCUGUGCCGUCGAUUUUCUCUCGACGAAGUCAGAGUUGCCACCAAUAACUUUGACUCCCAGUUGAUUCUUGGUAAAGGUGGCAGUGCAGUUGUAUACAAAGGGUUUUUCGAUGACGGGGCUUCGGUUUUCGCUGUCAAAUACUUUCUGCUCGGAUCCUCACGACAGAAAAUACUUGAGGACUUUCGAAAUGAGGUGCAGCUACUUUGCCAGCUGCGCCACCAACAUAUUGUUUCUCUGAUUGGAUUCUGCGAUGAGGAAGACAAGAUGAUCAUAAUGUACAAUUAUAUGAGCCAGGGGUCACUCUUCGAUCAUCUCCAUGGUACUGGUCAUCACGAUCCCCUCCCAUGGAAGCAAAGGUUAGAGAUUUGCAUUGGGAUAGCUCGUGGAUUACAUUAUCUUCAUGCUGGAGCAAAGCGAGCAGUUAUCCACCGCGACAUCAAGACCAGAAACAUUCUUUUAGAUUACCAAAAGGUUUCCAAGAUUUCGGAUUUCACCUUGUCUAAGAUAGGCCCUUUUAGUUUAUCAAACGCUCCCAUCAGAAUAGAGUUACCCCCUCUGGAUGAAAUUGAAUUGCAAACAAGUCGAACGAGGCUGUUUGGUACUUUGGGUUAUGUGGCUCCUGAGCUUUUCAUGGAUACUACUCUUGUGACAGAGAAAUCAGACGUUUACUCAUUUGGGGUUGUUUUGCUUGAAGUACUUUGCGGUAGAAAAGUAUUAAAGUUUGAUGCAGGGGACCAUAAUCAUUGUCAUAUAAUUUCAUGGGUUAAUGAACACCUAAAGAAUGGAAGAAUUUACCAAAUGACGGAUCCAUAUUUGGAAGGGAAAAUAGCCCCAAGUUGCUUACAGAAAUUCCUGGACAUCGCAUUAAGUUGCGUCCAUGUUGGGGAACAUAAACGACCUGCUCUUGGUGAAGUGGAGGUGACACUAGAGCUUGCUUUGGAGCUCCAAAACAAAGCAGACUCCGAAGUGGAGAGGCAUGGUGAAGUUAUUUCUGAAGAAGUAGUUUUGUCUGCAUCUGCCUUCAAUUUCUCUGACUAUCAGACUGAUGUACUCUGGCCCCAUGGAAGUUAUCGUGUGGAGGAUGCAUUUAGCUGCAAAUAUGAGGAUAUGUUGUCAGACAUUGAAGAGCUGUGCAGAUGAGUUGUUUCUAAACUUUUCUGACUGCUGUCCAUUGAAGAUUUGACACUUCACAAAGGAAAAGCUUCCUUAGUUAAGCAACAGAGACAGAAAUUUGAAUUUAUUUUAUUUUCUACCGUGAUUUAUUUGUCUCUUUGAAAAUAGCUGUUUAAGAGGCAGGUCUUCACGACUUUGAGAAAUAUUUGCAUCAUUUUGGAAUAUGUUGACUGUAUUUCCCAUUUUCAUUACGGUAUUAACAUCAUUCAUUGAAUGUAUUUUUACUAUUGAAAAUAUAAAAAAUUUCGCUUUAAAGUAUUUUAUGUUGGCAUUUUAUUAUUUAUAAAGAUAA